ACAUACACACAUACAUAUGUAUUAAGUGUCAAUUAUUACAAAUAAGUUAAUAUAUUUAUCAGUUCUUGAUAUCGCACGCUUCUUUUGUGUCAACAAAUAUCAGGUGUGUUAAUAUAAUAACAACAAUGUCUCGAAAUAUAGUCAGUGUAAUGUCCUGCAUAAUUGUGUUGUCCUUAAUUGUUGUUGAGCUUUUCGCGUCGGUGGAUGGCGCGGUACGACGUCAUCAACGCGUCGGCAGUGACAAAUCAGCUGUUUCGGAGGACACUGUGUACAAUUACCUGAUGGAGUUUGAUUACCUGCCUAAGUCGGACAUCGAGACAGGAGCGCUGCGGAGCGAAGAGCAGUUGAAGGAUGCCAUUCGAAAUCUGCAGCGCUUUGGCAACAUUCCGGCCACCGGCGAAAUCGACGAGGCCACACGAAAACUGAUCCACCUGCCACGUUGCGGUGUGGGCGACAGCAACCGCACUGCCAAUUUCUCGCCAGAUAAUCUCGAAUACGGACAUCAUCGUAUGAAGCGUUAUGUGUUGCAGGGACCGAAAUGGGAUAAAACGGAUUUAACAUGGAGCUUGGUAAACUGGACAAUGGAAGAUGCUCCUCAAGUGCGCAGAGCACUCACAGAGGCCCUCAGUGUGUGGGCGCACAGCUCUAAGCUGACUUUUCGAGAAGUGCAAAGUGAUCAAGCCGAUAUCCAAGUGCUUUUCGCAAGGGGAGACCAUGGUGAUGGCUAUAAAUUUGAUGGGCCUGGUAUGGUGCUCGCGCAUGCCUUCUAUCCGGGAGUUGGACGUGGUGGGGAUGCACAUUUCGAUGCCGACGAGAAGUGGCAUUUCACCGAUGGCGAAAGAGGCGAUGCAACAAAUUUCCUUGGAGUGGCAGUUCACGAAUUUGGCCAUUCACUCGGCCUCGGACAUUCCUCCGACCAAAAUGCCAUUAUGUAUCCAUGGUAUCAUGACAAUGAUGUGGAUAUUAAUCUCCCCGCCGACGAUCGAAAUGCCAUACAACAGUUGUAUGGUGCCAAAGAGAAAACUUGGGGUCCAUUCAAACCUCCGCAACGUCCGAAAACAAUACCCACGACAACAACUACAACUACAACUCGGCGCCCGCUCGUAUAUUAUCCACAGUAUCCAUCAUAUGAACCAUACGAACCGCGCAGACGAUAUCCUUACAAUAAUAAUCCCUAUCAUCGAAAUCGCGAACCACUUACCACAACUACCACCACAACAUAUAGACCUCGCACGGACUCACCGCCGCGACCGACUAAAAAUUGGCACCCACGCCGUCAACCAACGAAGCCCAAAAAAUUGAAGCCUGAUAACUGUCACACCACCUACGAUGCCAUUUCGCUUAUACGUCGAGAAAUAUUUAUAUUCCGCGGGCAGUUCCUCUGGCGUAUUGGAGACCGUGGGCUUUACCCAGGCUACCCUACCGAGACUCGUCGCCUAUGGACCGAAUUGCCUGAGAAUUACUCCAAAAUCGAUGCCGUAUAUGAGAAUAAAGAUCGUCAAAUUGUCUUCUUUAUCGGCCGUUACUACUAUGUCUUCGAUUCUGUAAUGCUCGUUAGGGGCUACCCACAACCACUCACAUCGCUGGGUUUGCCAGCAUCAUUAACACACAUCGAUGCAGCCUUUGUUUGGGGCCACAAUAACCGUACCUAUCUGACCAGUGGCACUCUAUACUGGCGUUUAGAUGACGAUACCGGACGUGUGGAGUUAGACUACCCACGGGAUAUGUCUAUUUGGCGUGGCAUUGGCUACAAUAUCGAUGCUGCAUUCAAGUAUAGCAAUGGCAAAACAUACUUCUUCAAGGGAUAUGGCUACUGGGAGUUCAACGACGACCUAAUGGAGGUUGCGCAUCCACGACCUAAACUUAGUGCACGCAAGUGGAUGAAUUGUCCGCGCCAAGUGAAUGAAGUAGAUGAGGAGCAAACGUGGACAGCGCCGUUAAUAUCCGAACGGAAUGAAACCAUGGCUUCCUAUAUGCCGAGCGGUGCCAGUGGCAUUAGGAAUCACUCCAAGCGCGGUUCACUUAUCUGCCUUACUCUCCUACUGAUCUCGCACUGGUGGUGGUCAGACCCUGCGGCUGUGGUCUGACUCGCUUAUAAACACGAUAUUUUUAAUUAAUCAAUUUGUUUGAUGAGAAAUCAACAAGCUACCACACAAAGCGAUCUUAAUUAAGUCAAUACAAUAAACAUUCAUAUGAAAACUUAGAAUUAGCGUCUUAGUAUUUUAUUAGUUUGUAUGUAUGUAUUGUACAAUAUAUUCGAAAAUGUUUCAUUCGGGAUAAGCAAUUGUUGUUAAACCGUUCUUUAGUUUAUUUACACAAGACACAAUUCGAUAAACUUUGUAAAUAAGUCGUAUAAGAAAAAAUUACGAGUCGCAAUUCGAUAUUAACUCACAUUUAUAAUUUAUCUCUAAACACAAAACUUAAUUAUGUAAUUUCAAAUAAUUAAAUGACUUGCUAGUAUACUCGUACAUACACGUAGUUAAUAUAAACAACACAUCUAUAUGUAACCAAAAUACAUUUUUGUUGAUAUAUUUGAACAAUUUCUGCCACAAAAAUUAUGCGUAUUCAAAAACCAAGCACUUGUAAAUUUAUUGCGCAUGCAGCGUUUUUUUUUUUGUUUUUUUUUUCGCAGCAUAAAAUGAUUUUCAAAAGUAUUUUUAGUAACUACAUAUAUACAUAUAUAAAUUAUAUGCUACAUAAAAUCACCAACACUGCCUUCUCGCAUCUGCACAAACAUAUUUUCAUUAAUACUUAUCCAAAUAUAUACAUACAUAGGCUUUUUAUAUAAAUUUUUUAUUUGAAUUUUUUAAUGAAAAUGAUUUUAUACAUAUGUGAUAUUAUCCUAGUUAAGUCAAUGCCAGCAAAUUUUCGUACACUUCUUUUUUACGACGAAUAAAUUAAACUAAGUUCCCGCAAUUUUAGUUUAUAUACUAUAUAUGUAA